UAACCAGAUGCUCGAUGAAUCAAAUAGUGAUGAUAAGUAACGUAUACCCCACCACUAAAAGAAAUAUAAACAAUUAUUAUUGAUAAUUUUACCAGUUUCCCACGAAUAUCGUCAGAUUUAUCGCUAGAUCUCAACACUGUUAUUCUGUUAUUCAUAAUCAAAAAACUAGUGGCAAAAAAAAAAUGGAAAAAUUUUUGGGCUAUAUUUAAUGUGACUGUAUAAGUGAUAGAAAAACACAAGGAAACUUUUAAUGGUAUAGAGAGAAAGGGAAAUAAAUAUUUAUUAUGACUUCAAUCAAUGGACCAUAAAUCAGAGACAAAGAAACAUAAAUGUCUAACAAAUUAUGCAAAUUAUUAUAAUUUUAAUAUGAAUAUUUUGGGACCAACAAAGUGAUAUCGAGAACACAAAAUUUAAUAUUUAAAAAUGGAGGAUAUACUUCGGAAUUAUUCAACAAAAAUGGCAAAUAAUUCAACAACAAAAUUACAAGUUCUUAUUUUACCAGGAAAUGCUAUUUGUUGGGCAAUUAUUGAUGUUUUAUUAUUUUUCCUCAUUGUCUUUGGCAAUGUCUUAACGAUACUUGCAGUAAAAAUGAGUCGUCGUUUACGACACGUUAUAUCAAAUUAUUUAAUAAUGAAUCUCGCUAUUUCGGAUCUUUUAGUUGGUUUAACAUUACCAUAUCAUUUAGGAUUUUAUUAUAGUGAAUCACUUAAUAAAACAGAAGCAACAUGUAUUUUGAGAUUUGUUUUAAUUAGUUUAGCAUGUUGCGCUAGUGUUUUUAAUGUCAGUGCAAUUGCUAUUGAUAGAUAUAUUGCAAUUAUUUAUCCAUUCAAUUAUUCCACACAUAUGACAUUAAAAGUUAUUUUUCAUAUUAUUGCAAUUGGUUGGAUUAUAUCAAUAGCCAUUUCAACAAUGCCAGUUUAUUGGCAUAAUUUUGAUUCUACAUUUGUCUGUGAACUAGGAAUUGUACUACCAAGGUAUUAUGUGGUUGGAAUUUUAACACCAAUAUUCUUCAUAGUUUGGAUAAGUGUAUUAAUAUUGUAUCUAAAAAUUUGGAAAGAAACCAAUAUACACGUGCAGAGAUUGAAAAUAAAUGGAGUUGACAAGUCAAAUUCUAGGGAUCGAAAAAAUAUUCAGGUGGUUUUUUUAAUAGUUGGCUGUUUUUCAAUUUGUUGGCUACCUUAUUUAGGUGUUGCUUGUAUUCGUGCUUUUGAUUUCUAUAAAAAAUCAACUCCAGUUUUGUAUAAAGUUACAUUUUCAUUGGUAAUGGCUAACAGUGGAAUGAAUCCAAUGAUAUAUGCAUGGAAAAAUUCAAAUUUUCGUAAAGCAUUUCAAAGAUUGCUACAUUUUGAAUCACCAAAUCAUGAUGAUUUUAAUUCAAGUUUAAAGCAUUAUUUAAGAAAACAAAGUGAAUUAUUGGGACAGCAAAAAAUUCAAAAUGACGAUAUCAGUAAAACAACACAGGACACUGUGCUACAAACAAUUUACGAUAAUUGCACUUUUAAAUCUAAUCGAUCAUUAGAAAUGACUGUACUCUGAGAUUAAUCAGUAUUAUCUUUUAUCAAAUAAAUUGAAAAAAAAAAUUCUCUUUUAUUAAAUUAAAAA